UUUACCUUUAUUAUAAUAUCUUCGGAAUACUUUUUGGUGUUAACUCAAUUUAUGGAUAUUAUUUUCGUUGUUAAUAAUAUCAAUGAUUUUGUCACUAAUACUCUAAUGUUUUUCACUAUUGUUGCCGUUUGUUGUAAAGCGACUGUUGUUGUAAUGCGUCGAAAUGCGAUCAUCAACUUGAUGCAAAUAUUGUUGAAAGCACCGUAUAAACCUCGAGAUAAGGACGAAGUAGCCAUACAAACAAAAUUUGAUAAAUUUAUCAGAUCAUGCUCGAUAAAAUACUCACUUUUAGCAACGAGCUCUAUUACAGGUCUCACUCUAGGAUCAGUACUAAAUGUUAUGCAUGGUCAUUUACCUUAUCGAAUAUGGCUGCCAUGGGAUUACAAUAUACCUCUGAUAUUCUGGACUGUAUCUAUUCAUCAAAUUAUAACUUUAAUUUUUGCCGCUAUUAUAAAUGUGGGCACAGAAACUCUAGUCUUCGGAUUGUUUAUACAAACGUGUGCUCAGCUUGAAAUUUUCGAAAAUCGUCUUCACAAAUUCAUAAUUAAUAAAACAGUUAAAUAUUUGGGACACACAUUCUCUUCGUCAAAUAAAGACAAAAUAGGGAUAUCGGAAUACAUACAUCAUCAUCUUAGUAUUUACAAAUAUGCCAAAAGGGUAAACGUUAUAUUCAACCAGGUGCUCUUCGUUCAAUUCUUUGGUAGCAUAUUGGUAUUAUGUACAAGUGUGUAUUACUUAUCAAUGCAUAUUAGAGAACUGUCUGCAACUGCGUCUCUAUUAGUAUACACCAUUUGCAUGUUUGCACAAAUUUUCGUUUACUGCUGGUCCGGAAACGAAGUAAUACUUAAGAGUAUGAGUAUAGCAGACACAAUAUAUCGUAUGGAUUGGCCAUUAUUAUCAAUCAACGAAAAAAAAGGAUUGCUGAUGAUUAUGAUACGUAGUACAGUUCCUAUAAAGUUCACUAGCAGUUUCUUGAUAACUUUAUCUCUUCAAUCUUAUACCAGUAUCUUAAAAACGUCAUACUCGGCAUUUAACGUGUUACAACAGUAA